UAUCUGACACGUCAAUUUUAUCAAUAUAAAAAACACACUCCACAUAAAGUUCCGAAAAUAUUAAGAAUUUUUUAUAAUAAAAUAUCUUUGACGAAUUAAAUUACCCUCAAAAAAGUCCAAAAAAAGGGGGAAGGUAUUAAGUUCACUUGUCGGAUAAUUAAUACAGUGCAUACGUGUCGGGAAAACUAAGCAAAAAACGAGUCUAACUUUAAAGAGGAAGCAAAAUGUCACAAUCUACAGUGCCCUGUUACACCAUUAUAAAUUCCCCCGAUUUGGAGGUGCCCAAUGAAAUGCAAUUGAAGCAGGAUUUGGAGAAGGGUGAUACCAAUGUCAAAAUUGAUACUUUGAAGAAAGUUAUUCAGUUGUUGUUGAAUGGCGAGCGUUUGUCUGGCCUGAUAAUGACCAUCAUACGUUUUGUGUUGCCCGUCCAAAAUCACACUAUCAAGAAGCUGCUUCUUAUCUUUUGGGAAAUUGUACCCAAAACUUCACCGGAUGGUAAAUUGCUACAGGAAAUGAUUUUGGUGUGCGAUGCUUAUAGAAAGGAUUUGCAACACCCAAAUGAAUUUUUGAGAGGCUCGACUUUGCGUUUUUUGUGUAAACUUAAGGAACCUGAACUGUUGGAGCCGCUUAUGCCUUCAAUUCGUGCUUGUCUGGAGCAUCGCCAUUCAUAUGUGAGACGUAAUGCUGUCCUUGCCAUUUUCACCAUUUACAAGAACUUUGACUGGCUUGUACCGGAUGGCCCGGAAUUAAUUGCCAAUUUCUUGGAUACCCAGCAGGACAUGUCCUGUAAACGUAAUGCUUUCCUUAUGCUCUUACAUGCUGAUCAGGAGAGAGCACUCAAUUAUUUGGCUUCGUGCAUCGAUCAAGUGAAUAACUUUGGAGAUAUUUUGCAACUGGUCAUUGUGGAACUGAUUUACAAGGUCUGCCAUGCCAACCCCGCCGAACGUUCACGUUUUAUACGUUGCAUUUAUAAUUUACUGAAUUCUUCAUCAAAUGCUGUUCGCUAUGAAGCAGCCGGAACAUUGAUUACUUUGUCCUCAGCUCCCACAGCUAUUAAGGCUGCUGCUGGAUGCUAUAUUGAGUUGAUUGUCAAGGAGAGCGAUAACAACGUCAAAUUGAUUGUUUUGGAUCGUUUGAUUGCCAUGAAGGAUAAUGACAAUAUGGAAAAGGUUAUGCAGGAUUUGGUCAUGGAUAUCUUGCGUGUAUUGGCUGCUCCCGAUAUUGAAGUAAGGCGCAAGACUUUGGCAUUGGCUAUGGAUUUGGUUUCAUCACGCAAUAUUAACGAAAUGGUCUUGGUGUUGAAGAAGGAAGUUUCAAAAACGCACAACGUUGAGCAUGAAGAUACUGGAAAAUAUCGCCAGCUUUUAGUGCGUACUUUGCACUCUUGCUCAAUUAAAUUCCCUGAUGUGGCCGCCAGUGUAAUUCCCGUAUUAGUGGAAUUCCUAUCUGAUACCAAUGAAUUGGCCGCCGCUGAUGUCUUGAUUUUUAUAAGGGAGGCUAUACAGAAGUUCCCAUCGCUGAGAGGCUUGAUAAUUGGCCAUUUGAUAGAAGCUUUUCCACAAAUCAAGUCUUCGAAAAUCCAUCGUGCUGCCGUGUGGAUAUUGGGUGAAUACGUUGAUGAUAAGGGGCAGAUCUUGGAGGUUAUCGAUGUCAUUACUCAAACUUUGGGUGAAAUUCCUAUGGUUGAAGCUGAACAACGGCGUUUGGCUGGAGAUCAGACGGAGGAAGAGAUGUCGUCAGCAAAUGCAACACCAGCUGCACAAACAACUUCCAACUCGAAAGUCACUUCUGAUGGUACUUAUGCCACACAAAGUGCUUUCAGUGUAGCACCAGUUGCUAAGAAGGAGAAACGUCCUCCAUUGCGUCAAUAUCUCAUGGAUGGAGAUUUCUUUAUUGGUGCUGCCUUAUCAGCCACCUUGACUAAAUUGGUUUUACGUUAUGCCGAUUUGGAAGCUGAAGUGCGUUCCCAAAAUCGUUUGUCUACUCGAGUUAUGCUUAUCAUGAGUUCGAUUUUACAUUUGGGCAAAUCUGGAUUCCCAACUAAACCCAUUACCAAUGAUGACACCGAUCGCAUCUUUAUUUGUCUGCGCACUUUAAGCGAACGCACCGAAGAGGCCGUGGAAGUAUUUAAACGCUAUUGCCGCGAGGCUUUGGGUAAAAUGUUGGAUGCUCAAUCGGAAGAGGAUCAGCGUGUGCUUAAGGAGAAACAAAAAGCUGCUGCUAAAGUGCAGCCUGAUGAUCCCGUACUAUUCUCUCAACUUUCGAAUGGUCGUGAAAACCAAUUGGGUGAAAAUGUCUUCGAAUCAAGUUUAAAUCAGGCCUUAGCUGGCACCAAAUCCACCAAUAUGAGUGAUAUUACAUCACCCAAUAAUAAACUAAAUAAGGUGACACAAUUGACAGGUUUCUCGGAUCCCGUUUAUGCUGAGGCCUAUGUCAAUGUCAAUCAAUAUGAUAUUGUGUUGGAUGUCUUGAUUGUUAACCAAACAAAUGAUACUUUGCAAAACUGCACCUUGGAAUUGGCCACCUUGGGUGACUUAAAAUUGGUAGAACGUCCGCAUCCCGUUGUUUUGGCUCCUCAUGAUUUCUGCAAUAUUAAGGCUAAUGUCAAGGUUUCUUCAACUGAAAAUGGCAUUAUUUUUGGUAACAUUGUAUACGAUACAUCGAUUAACACAAAUGUUGUGGUACUCAACACCAUUCACAUUGACAUUAUGGAUUAUAUUAUCCCAGCAACAUGCACCGACACUGAAUUCAGACAAAUGUGGCAAGAUUUUGAAUGGGAAAACAAGGUUACCGUCAAUACCACAUUUACCGAUUUACAUGAAUAUCUCAAACAUUUGCUUAAGAGCACAAAUAUGAAGUGUUUAACACCUGAAAAGGCAUUAUCCGGACAGUGUGGUUUUAUGGCUGCCAACAUAUACGCCAAAUCAAUUUUCGGAGAAAAUGCUUUGGCCAAUUUAAGUAUUGAGAAACCAGUGGAUGAUCCUGAUUCCAAAGUGACUGGUCACAUUAGAAUACGUGCAAAGAGUCAGGGCAUGGCCUUGAGUUUGGGUGAUAAAAUCAGCUCAUCUCAAAAACUGUGUGUGCAAGCUUCAUAAAAUAAUAAUCAAGUUCAUUCCAAAAAAAUAUGAUUUUUUUCUUCUCUUUUGUGCAUUAAUUUUAAGUAUUUUACUCGUUCAAGAUUUAUAUGUUAUUGCAACCAUGUAAAAGAAACUACGUAUAUUAGAAAACACAUACAUUUACAUCAAAAAUAAUAAUAUUAAUAAAGUAAUUAAAGCUAUACAAAAACCUA